UUUGGAUCAGUGUAAGUCUGUGCUUCACAGAGAUAGGAUAAGAAAUUUUUUUUUUUUAGUUUUAUACAUUCUCUCCUCUCGACAUUUCGAAACUCAAGUAAAACACCACGUGACUGAAACGCGCGCGGCAAGAUUCAAUGUAAUUCGAACGCAAAGUGAUAAAAAAAAUCCCGCGCCAAAUGUCAACAUACUGCUCUCUUCGAUUAUUAUUUUUGAGUGUUAAUCAUUUUUUUCUGUGAAAGUGAAUUGGAAUCUUUUCUCUCUUUUUUUCUUGUUUUACAGCUUCGAUCUAUGUGGCGGUUUUUAUUUAGACACUUCACCACGUGACAACACCAAAGAAUCAAAAUAGUAUGCCAAAACAAAAAUGGAUAUUAAUAAGCGCCGCCUGUGUAUUUUUAAUCGUCACUCAAUCAUGGACGGUCCUCGGAAAACCUACAGUGUCAAGAAAAGAAGCAGAAAUCGAGUCCACAAAUUGGACACGAGUAGCUGAAGAAUGGUGGCAAAAAAAAAAUGAUACUCUUAACUAUAGUGUGACAAUUCUUCCAUUUACUCAAAAAGUUCAUCAACUUUCAUCAACAACUGAAUCGGUUGUUAUCAACGGAAUGAAUAAAGAACAGUAUUCCAGGGUGAAUUAUUCGCGAAUGUUGUGGAACAUGGAAAGUACCCAACAAGGAGGCCAUCUUUCCCUGUUUGUUGACAAGGCAGUGAAACUUUUAGAUUUGAGACAAGUUAUGAUAGAGGUUGAAACCUCCGUCAUGUCUAAAGUAUCAUGCUCGGCAUGUAAAGUGGGAGCUGGUCUUUUGCAGCACUACAUCAAAUCAGGAAAAAGUGACAACGAAAUUCUACAGCAUAUUUAUCAAUUUUGUACCUAUUUCAAAAUUCAAAGCCCCCGAGUCUGCUCUGGAGUUACUGAUCUUUUUGGGGGUGAAGUGAUAUACGUUUUGAAGCAGAUCGAUUUGGGGCCAGCUCAAAUUUGCAGCUUUGUAAUUGGAGAUGCAUGUGAAGAUACGUAUAAUCCGCAGCAUGAAUGGGAAGUGGCCUUCCCACCUGUGAAUAAGCCGCCUAUUCAACCACCUAUUCCGCCCAAGGAAGGUGCUCCGACCUUCAAGGUCCUUCACAUAUCUGACACUCAUUACGAUCCUUACUACAUGGAGGGUUCAAAUGCCGAGUGCAAUGAACCCCUUUGUUGUCGAUAUACUAAUGGACGUCCCCUCACCGCUUCUGCCGCUGCCGGAAGAUGGGGAGAUUACAGAAAAUGUGACACUCCUAAGAGAACUGUCGACCACAUGUUGAAUCAUAUUGCAACAACACACACUGAUAUAGACUACAUUCUAUGGACUGGAGACCUGCCACCUCACGACGUUUGGAACCAAACGAGGGAAGAAAACCUAAACAUAUUAAGGGAUACAGUUCAACAAAUGAUCGAGCACUUCCCCAAAAUACCCAUUUUUCCCGCUCUUGGGAAUCACGAAAGUGCACCAGUAAAUAGUUUUCCACCACAAUUCAUAACCGACAAUGACAGUAUAUCGUGGCUGUACGACGAACUCGAUAUCCAGUGGAAAAAAUGGUUACCUUCAGCAGUCUCUCGAACGGUCAGAAUGGGAGCCUACUAUUCAGUUCUAGUACGACCGGGUUUUCGAAUUCUAUCCAUAAACACAAAUUACUGUAACAAUAAAAAUUGGUGGCUAUUGAUAAACAGUACGGAUCCAGUUAAUGAACUGCAGUGGUUAAUCUACGAACUGCAAACGGCAGAAAUGAGUGGCGAGAAGGUGCACAUUAUUGGACAUAUUCCGCCUGGACACGCCGAUUGUUUAAAAAUUUGGUCUAGAAAUUACUAUCACAUAAUAAAUCGGUAUGAAUCAACAAUAACGGCACAAUUCUUUGGUCACACGCAUUUCGAUGAGUUUGAGGUAUUUUACGACACCACUGAUCUUGGAAGAGCAUUGAGCAUUGCCUACGUAGGACCCUCUGUUUCGCCUUACUAUGAUCUUAAUCCUGGCUAUCGAAUAUACUAUGUCGAUGGCGAUCAUGCAAAAACGACGAGGAUGGUAGUCGAUCAUGAGAGUUGGGUAAUGAACCUAAAGGAGGCCAAUUUGUACGACUAUCCAUUCUGGUACAAAUCGUAUAGUGCAAGACAAGCUUAUCAGAUGUCUUCUCUUCUGCCCAAGGACUGGGAUUCUCUGAUUGACAAGAUGUCCAGUGAACCGAUGACUUUCGACCUUUACUACAAGCAUUACUACAAAGAUUCGCCAGUGAGACCGGCAUGCAAUGACGAGUGCCGCAAAAGGCUGCUCUGCGAUCUGAGGAGUGGAAGAAGCCACGACAGAAAGGCUCUUUGUCAGAGUCUCGAGUCAAGAAUUGAUGGCGAAACAAAAAUUGGCUGGCGUGCCUGGAUAUACAAUGGCCUUGCUCUCUCAAUGUCUGUUGUGAUGGCGAUUCCAAAAUUUGCCCUCAGUAUACCACAGUACGUCUACAGAUUGGGUUGAUAUACUUCGAAAAAAAAAAUCUUUCUUCUACAUGAGAGAGAAAAAAAAUAACUGAAAUUGUGAUCCUCAUAAGUGUAAAUAUUAAUUUAAAACAGAAUUUGUUGAGAGAAUGUAAAGUGAUUGUUUUUGUAACUGUAAAAUUGUUAAAUGUUUUUAAACAAGAAAAGAGAGCAACGAAUCUGUGAAACUGACUGUUCUCAUUAUGAUUUUUAAAGAGAAAAUUUUCAAAUGAAUUUUAUAUUUUUAAACACGCAUUUAUGCGUCUGAUUAUAAUGUUCAUACUGCGAUGUGUUUAUAUUAUUAAAUAAUAUCUACAUAUUCACAAAAAAAAAUUCUCUAAAUUUGAAUUAGUUAA